GCGGGGUCUCGGGAGUUUAGUCGGCAGGAGCAGCAGGAGCUUGGCUGUCUAGGUGGCAAUUUGACGAAGUUGUCUCGGGGAAACUUGGCGCCUGGAAAAACGAAACCACCACCAUGACUUCGACGAACAUGUUUCAAGGGCUGGAUAAUGGCGCAAAACCAAGUUCCAGGGUGCUGCAGCCUCCUGGUGGCGGCUCCAGUAAUCUGUUUGGUGGCUAUGAGGAGGAUUCUGCACCAAGAAGAAAACCUAAUAAGAUGGCCUCCAAAGUUUUUGCCCCACCGGAGGAUUCCCAGAGCGGAUCCAGACGCUCCAAUCCACCAGGUGGGAAGAGUAGUGGAAUAUUUGGUGACCCUGAACCACCAGCUCAGACACAGAAAGCCAUGCCUCCAGGUGGACCAGCCAGCAAUAUAUUUGGGGCUGCAGGGAGUGCACCUGCAGAAAGCUCAAGCCGGGGCCACCCAAAUAAACCAAAGGACAAUCUAACUGUGGGACCUGAACCUGAAUCAACACCUGAAGCCAAAGUCAGCCAGCCAGAGGUGAAGGAGGAACCUGCUCCUCCAGCUCCUGUGGUCGUCAAGGAAGAGCCUGAAAUUGUCUCGGCUCCUCCACAGCCUGCACCAGCUUCUUCAGCUGCUGAUGAGGAAGCGCUGAAGAAGCAUGAGCCCCACCUGGGACCCCGGCCUCGCUCUCACAACAGGGUCAUCAAUCCCCCAGGAGGAAAGUCUAGUGUGGUAUUCUACUGACCAGCUGAGCAUACCCCUUCUCAGAGUUUGUGUCUAUACGCUUCGGUUUCUUCAUUGUUAAUCUUCUGUCAUUCCUACUCUUCUCUCCUGAAGCUUAUCUCAUCUGUACAAUACAUGACGAUCCAAAGGACACAUUUUGUUUUUUCACUCUAGAUUCCUGGUUUAUUGUUUCAUCCUCAACUUCUUGCACUUUCUGCUCCUCUCCUCCUUGCCAUAUGUUUGUUUAUAGUGCUGUCCACUGAAAUCUGCUAUGAUACAAUCAUCAAUAAAUCGAUCAAAUUGCUGUUGCAUAAUCACGUUGACUGUAACACUGUUCAGGCUCAGUUUUGCGGUUGUUACUGUUUGCAUUGUAAACAUGUACACCUAGUUUGGUUAAAGGCACAACUUUUGACACGGAAAAAACAUUUAUACCUUUUAAAGAAUGACUUGCAUGUUGGAAUUAGCACUAGUAUUUUGAGCUUAAGACGGAUCUAUAUUCAAAUGAUGUGGUGUUUGCUAAAUGAACGGCAUACUUGCUCAGUUUUCAGGCUUUUUGUUUUCUAACUUUAAUGUCUAGGCAUUCAGUUCAGAGGGGUAACAUCUCACCAAUUUACAGUGCAAAAUGUUCCAGGGACUUCAACUUGUGCUGCAUAUUUUUAUGCUGCCAGAUACUUGUUAAAAAAAACCUCAAUUUGUUUGGUAGAAUUUGAAUUGAAAACCCAUGUGACUAAUCUCAAACCGUAUCAGCCUAACUUGUUUUUUUUUUUAUGACCAUUUUCAUUUCCUUUUCUUUUUUCCCCCAUCAAGAUGUGUGUAGCAAAUUAUUUUCUGAGAUGAUACAAAUCUGUGGUCAAGAGUAGAUGCCAAAAAUUGACAACAAAUGAUACAAAGACAAAUGCAGUUGUUUUUCAAUUGUUUCUGCUUCCUGAAAGAAAUUCCAUUUUGAUUUUUAUGUGAAUGUAUUGUGCAGGUACUUUUCUGCUGCUUUGUCCUCAUUGCUUGCUGUUAUGAGAACGUGCCUUCUUUUCUUUUCUUUUUUUGCUUGGGGUAGGCCUCUGUUUAUGUUUUAAAUUAAAACGGUUGAAGACAAGUGAACUCUGGACAAGCUCGCAGCCUACCUGAGUCCUGGUGGGCUCGCCAAUAACCACCUUUUCACCUUCAUCAUGGCGCACAUUCAUGGUAUUCUUGUGCCUGCCUGUCCCCUCUGUUGAUGUGCCUGGCAGGCAAUGAGUGCAGCAGAAGAAACGAAUCCUGUGAAUUGCAAUAAAAUUGAUAUUUUGCAUUUCGA